AUACCCGUAAAUGCAUCCAUCACCUUCGACCCUACCGUCCUUUUGGAGGUGUCUUUCCCACAAGCCAGUGCAGCACCCAUCAACGUAACAGCCGGUGUUCAGCUCGCUCGUAACGACACCGCCAUCCCGCCAGUCUUUGGCAUCCAGGCAAACGGGAGCAUCCUCGAUCCCGGAACUGGACCCUUCGUAGUGGCCAUGGUCGACCUCGAUGCACCAACGCCACAAGCGCCCACAAGUGCCGAGAUCCGUCAUUUCUUGGGCGGAAAUUUCGAGCUUUCGAAUAGCAGCACCGACGGCCUUUCGUUGCUCUCGAACACCACGACUGCGAUCUCUGAGUUUAGACAGCCCACGCCACCUGCUGGGUCCGACCCUCACCGAUACGUGUUUCUGCUAUUCUCUCAGCCGGAAGAUUUCAACAAUCAGACGUUGGUGAAUUCGACGACACCGGUGAACAACUUCAAUAUCAGUGCGUUUGCGGAGACGUUGGAGAUGGGAAACCCCCUUGGUGGCACGUUCAUCCUCGUUGGGCCCGAUCCCAACACGACGGCAUCUUCCAAUGCGGCUGCGGUCCCGGCCGCAUGA